AUGACUUAUGAAUGUCAUAUUUCUCCUGAAAGAAUGGAGAAAUGGCCUUUUUAUAGAGUGCGUUCUAAUGUUGAAAGGCGUCAGUUUGAAACAGUUGAUGUUUUUGUAGGUAUAAUUGAUAAAAAAGAGACUAGAUCUAUAAUUAAAUUUAUUGAAGAAUCUUUACCAUAUGAAACAUUAGAUCUUUCAUAUUUGAAACGAUUAAGAAAAAUAAAUAAGAAUGAUAGAAAUGAUAUGUUAGAAGUGAUUCUUCAUAGUACAAAGGAUUUGAGUCUUGAGGAACUUGAAAAGAGAUUAAAAGAACAAUCGAUAAAUAUAGAGGUCCGAAUAGCUCAAGUAUCUAAGUAUGCACCGUUAACAUAUGAGCAAUUUAAUGCAUGGGGGGUUUUGUGGCCGCUUCAUUUUAGAAAAAAUAUAUUGAAAUCGGUUGAUUUUACGGAUACAACGCUUUUAAAAUUGAAAAAGUUAAUGAAUCACACAUGGAAUCUUGCAAAUAAAAGUAAAGAAAUUAAGAUUGCAACAAUAUUUGUUGAUUUGGAUUUAAAUGUGAUUGUGAGUUGUAUUGAUUUGAGAUUAUCAUCGAAAAAUCCUUUAAAACAUUCCAUUAUCAAUUCUAUUACGGAAAUUGAGUCUAGUAAAAAAGAUUUAUUUUAUUUGUGUAAAGAUUUAAUAGUAAUAACUACACAUGAACCAUGUGUAAUGUGUUGUAUGGCAUUGGUGCAUAGUCGUGUUCUGCGGGUAUUUUAUUCAAUUAAUAUGCCGAAAACAGGCGGUCUUGAAAGCAAUUAUCAUAUCCAUGGUAGAAAUGAACUAAAUCAUCGAUAUGAAGCGUAUGGUGGAUUUAUUGUUGAAAAUAUGCAAUUUAUAAUAGAUGAAAAAAUACAUGCAUAG